AUGGAAUUUGCUAUUCCUUUGACUAUUCAAUUUUGCCGCAUAAAAGUACGUGUGGAAUAUUAUGUCAAUGAAAACACAUUUAAAGAAAGACUGCAACUUUAUUUCAUUAAAAACCAGAGAUCGAGUUUACGAAUACGAAUUGCUGAUUUGUUUCUUAAGUUACUAGCCUGUGUUCUAUACAUUUUACGUGUGAUAACGGAUACAAAUCCAACAUUUGCAACAUGUUAUGGCUGCUCUGUGAGCAACAAGACAGAGUUCCUCGUUUCAGCCCAACUGACGGAGGAGGAAUUUCAGGAAAAUCCUAUUAUCAAUUGGGAGGCCAUUCUGUGGGUAAACCGUCCCACGGUGCUGUGGGCUGUUCAAUUAAUUUUAGCAUUAGUGUCACUAACGGAAGCAGUACUUCUUACAUAUCUAGGCUACAAGGGAAAUAUUUGGCAACAAAUACUCUCGUUUCACUUUAUUUUAGAGUUAAUUACGACAAUACCUUUUGCACUAACGAUAUUAUGUUCGCCUUUAAGAAAUCUUUUUAUACCAAUUUUCCUCAACUGCUGGCUGGCGAAGCGGUCGUUGGAGAAUAUGUUCAACGAUUUGCACCGCGCCAUGCAAAAAUCUCAGUCCGCCUUGUCUCAGCAAUUAACAAUUUUAUCAGCAACGUUGCUGUGUUUAGUAUUUACAAGUGUUUGUGGCAUUCAACACUUUCAACGCGCAGGCCAUCGGCAUUUGAAUCUCUUCCAGAGCACAUAUUACGUGGUCGUGACAUUCUCAACAGUUGGCUACGGUGACUUUGUGCCCGACAUAUGGCCCUCACAGCUCUACAUGGUGAUUAUGAUAUGCGUUGCAUUGAUUGUCCUGCCCACACAGUUUGAACAAUUAGCGUUCACAUGGAUGGAACGUCAAAAGCUGGGAGGAAGUUACUCAUCGCAUCGAGCGCAAAGCGAAAAACAUGUGGUCGUUUGCUCAACAACGCUCCACGCUGACACUAUUAUGGACUUCCUUAAUGAAUUUUACGCACAUCCGCUGCUGCAAGAUUACUAUGUAGUCCUACUAAGUCCGAUGGAAUUAGAUACGACGAUGCGUAUGAUAUUGCAGGUGCCGAUUUGGGCGCAACGUGUCAUAUACAUUCAGGGAUCGUGCCUAAAGGACGGCGAUUUGGCACGUGCACGCAUGAAUGAGGCGGAAGCCUGCUUCAUUUUGGCAGCGAGGAAUUAUGCGGAUAAGACUGCAGCCGACGAACACACAAUUUUGCGCUCGUGGGCGGUUAAGGACUUUGCCCCAAAUGUACCGCAGUAUGUACAAAUAUUUCGGCCGGAACACAAACUGCAUGUAAAGUUCGCCGAACAUGUGGUCUGCGAGGAUGAGUUCAAGUAUGCGCUUCUCGCAAACAACUGCACUUGCCCGGGUGCGAGUACCCUGGUUACAUUAUUGCUGCACACGUCACGGGGGCAGGAAGGCCAACAAUCACCGGAAGAGUGGCAUCGACUGUAUGGGAAAUGUUCCGGCAACGAAAUCUAUCACAUCGUUUUAGGUGAUAGCCGUUUUUUUGGUGAAUAUGAGGGAAAGAGUUUCACCUAUGCGAGUUUUCAUUCUCAUCGGAAAUAUGGCGUCGCAUUGGUUGGUGUACGUCCGGCUGAGCUUCCGGAAUUUUAUGAGGAUACAAUACUGCUUAAUCCCGGACCGCGACACAUUAUGAAGAAGGAUGACACAUGUUACUACAUGAGCAUAACAAAGGAAGAAAAUUCAGCAUUCGUCGUUAAUCAAAAUCAAAAUCAAAAUGCGGACCCGGCAACGGGCAAAGAUGGUGCAACAACAAUAUCAACAAUAACAACAACAACAGCACAUGCGGCCCCAGUGCCGUCCGUUUGUGUACGUGUGCCACAUAGUCCGAGUUUUGACUCUGGUGCGGAUACACCUAUUGAAAGGCGUUUAUCCGAUAGUGAAUUUACAACACUUUUUGUGCGUGAGUGUGACACAAGAUCUUUAUAA